AUGUCAUUCAUCUCAAGGAUGAAGAAUGAGAAUCGUCAGGUGCUGAUAAUGUAUGGGUCACAAACGGGUACUGCGGAAGAGUUGUCAGGACGAUUAGCAAAAGAUGUGUCACGUUAUUCUAAAAAGGUAUUGCUCAAUGAUCCAUAUUAA